GGAGGAGUGCAGAGUCAACCCAUGCAGGAGGGUAUGCCAAGCAGAAAAAGCAACAGCCAAAGCCCCAAACUCCCUUGCAGCCUCCCAUGCUAGGUAACAAUAGAAUAGACUAAAAUAAGUAUAAUAUUGUGUUAACAACCAACCAACACAUGGAAACUCUUGGGGAAGGAAAGUGGGGUUAGUAAUGGGUCAAAGACUUGGUCUUAUGUGUUGUAGACUGUUACUGAACCGAGUCCUCCUCUCUUUGUCCUCGGUGAGUGAAGCCAAGCUGAAGAAGGUUGGGGAGGUGAGGAUCAGCACUCCUGAGAUAAGGAAACAGGACGUGGCUGAGAUGCAUAAGAGAACAGAGAGGUUGUACAGCCGACUAGAUGAGGUGAAGCUUCAGAAGGAGGUCAGGAGCAGACAGGUGGCAUAUGCCAACAACAGGGAGAAGGCCAAAGAGUUUCAUACGAAAACCUUACAGAAGCUACGGGCCAAGCAGUCUUCGCAAUGAUUUUGAAGAUCGAUUGCUGUUGUCAUGUGUGUUUGCACGUAUUUUGUACUUGCGUGUAUACAUGUAUUUUUGUGCAAUUUGUAAUCAGUAAUUUAAAAGAUAAUAUUUGUAAUAAAGUGUAUAUACAUAAA